GGCAUUUACCUAUUUUCAUAGCCAACACAGCCAAAAUGCCGAAGGCGGAAGUUGGCUCCACGAAAUAUCUGAACAAUAAGCUCAAGUCCAAAGGGCUUCAGCGCCUGCGAUGGUACUGCCAGGUGUGCGAGCGCCAAAUGCGCGACGAAAAUGGCUUCAAGAUGCAUACGCAAUCGGAGUCCCAUGUGAGACAGAUGCUACUUGUCGGGGAAGAUCCCAAGAAAUACAUAAACGAUUACAGCAACCAAUUCCAACGGGACUUUUUGCAACUGCUUCGCACAUCGCAUGGCGAGAAGCAGGUCCACCUAAACCAUUUCUACCAGGAAUAUAUCUCGAAUAAGGAGCAUGUGCAUAUGAAUGCUACAAAAUGGCCGUCAUUGACCGAGUUUGCCAAGUAUCUAGGACGAGAGGGUAUAUGUAGGGUAGAGGAGAAUGAAAAAGGUCUCCAUGUUGCGUGGAUCGAUAACUCGCCCGAGGCGCUGCGGCGGCAAGACGCCAUUCGGAAGAAGGAGCGGCAGGAUAAAGGCGACGAGGAGCGGGAGCAGGCGCUGAUUCAAGAGCAGGUGCGUCGCGCGCAGCUGGAUGCAGAAGCUCGAGGGGCUGCCGAGCUUGACGAAACCGAGAGAGAGCUGAAGCGCGUGGAGGGGGAGAAGAUCAAGCUUAGCUUUGGGGCGAAACCAGUGCCACCGAAGUCAGAAUCUGCGUCUACUCCGGCCGGGGAUUCAAAGAGCCCCCAGUCUGGCUCGCCGCCUCUUACCUCUGCAGACGCUUCCGAUUCCAGCAAGAAGAGUGAGGAGAAUGCCAGCGCGGAACAAGGAGAAUCAGCGAAGACACCUGCUGCGGAGGCAGGGUUGGCUGGUAAAACCUCCAUAAAACUCGGCGGCACGAACAAGCCCAAGAAUGUCUUUGCCGCCGCAAAGAAAAACGUGUUUGGUGGCAAGAAGGCAGCUGUCAUCGAACAACCCAAGAAGAUGAGCGAGGCAGAACGUAUCAUGAAAGAAGAACUGGAAAGAAAAAGAAAUAGGGGGGCAUCUAGUUUCGGAGCUCCGCCACCGAAGAAGCAAAGAUAUUGAGCGUUAUAGAUGGGUAAAUUACAUUUAUAAGGCGUCCGGAAGGGGGUACUGCGCAGGCGUGGAGCAUCUGGACUGGCGUUACUUUGAUACCAUUUGCAUUUGCCCUUAGAGGAACCAAAUCUGUAUAUGUAUGUCCGAAUUUUAAGGCCCUAUUUAGCUCUUGACUCCCUGAACUCCAGCGUCGCUUUUC